AUGCAAGCGAAUGGUCACAGGCUCAGUGCGGUCGCCAGACGGCGCCUCCUGCAGACAAGUGUGUCGGCUGGGUCGACAUCUAGUACGCUAUCACCUGCAGAGCCAGUGGAUGCCGAACAAAAGGGAGUUACUGCGAAGGCGGACUCCACGAAACCCGACGAAAGCACAUCCCAAGAUGAUGGUAUUGAGGUAGCUAACCAGUUCUCGACCUUGGUUGAAGCAUCUGCUGUUGAAUUCAGCUCUUCCAGAGAAGUGGAACAAUUGCCGGGGAAUUCGUCCAGGAUCCGCUUGUCUCGAGGACAGAAGUGUGUCGUGUUAGGCACCUGUGUCCUUUGGGUCAAGCAAGGAUCAGUCUUCAUCUACGGGGCAGUCCUUUCAGCCUCGCCAACCACCUACCGUAUCUAUGCACCCAGCAGUCAUGCACUUCCUUCCAUUGAGGCCAUGACAAGCCUCGCCGAGCUGCAACUAGAUCCUCUCAGCGAUGGAAUCGACGACCUACCGAUCGCAGGAACCGGGGUGCAGUGGGCUCCACCUGGUGUCAAGCACAGUGCUUCGCCAUUCUACGUGCUAGGACAUUCUUUCGAGCUAGACCUGAAAGCUCCCAGACGCCUCAGAGAGCUGAACACCGACCCUUGGAGAGCCUUGCUCGCCAAUGUGGUAGACUACGACACUGCGUCACCACCAAGAGUCCUGAUCUGCGGCAGACGGUCGUCUGGACUUUCGACACUGGUCAGAUGCAUCACAAACCGCUUGCUUGCCAAACAGGUUACUAGCUCCAAGUCUGCACACAUGACGGGUGUCACCUUGGUGGAUUUGGACACAAACACGCCGGAGUUUGCGCCUCCAGGAGUGAUCAGUCUGGUAACUGUCCGCGAUCUGGUGUUUGGCCCGCCGUUUACGCACCUAAUGCCGCCAUCAAAGGCCGAUACUGAUCCUGUCUUGAAACAGCAUUUCCUUGGGGAUAUUAACGCUAUAGAUCUGGCAGAUUGGCACCUUGCAAGAGUGUACGAUCUUCUGGACCUUGAAAGGGACUCCCAACCGAGGGGGAAGAAUGCGCCAGUUGUUAUCGUUCUCCCAAAGUGGCUGAACGACGUCGAUCCCAGCAUAGCGAGCAAGCUCUGGAACAAGAUGUCGCCCACGCAAAUCGUUUGCCUCGACCCGAGUCCAACAUCACCUCAUCUGGAGCCGUGGCGUCUAGUCGCGGCGAGAGACAACUGUGCUAUUUACCAAAUGCCGGUUCAGGUGUUUGAUAGGAUUCCGGCUGUGCGAGAGCACAAUCUGCAGUUGCAGUCGUACUUCCACCUGGAAGACUCACACACCAGGCGCCAAUUCUGGAGCGAAACACCGAUUCUGGCGACAACGUCUCGAACGGCGACACUGCCAUAUCGCGGUGAUGGGGGGUUGGUAUGCGUGAUCAUCUUGUCAGGCGGCCAUGUCGCACUUGAGGACACGUACGAGGCCUUGGACGGAAGCCUUGUCGCACUGGUGGCUGUUCCGAAGCCUGAAACACUGGUAAAUGAAGACAGUGGGCUGAACACGGACAGUUUAGGAGACACCUUCCAAUCUGGCGAAGUAAGACGGACCGAAGAAGACCUGCCCCGCUGGCAAGAACAUGCUGGAGUCGAGAACUUCUUCCCAUUUCGAGCUCAGCAUUCCUUCUGCUUGGGGCUAGCAAUUGUGCAGGAAAUCGACGUUGCCAACAGAGAGAUCAGUCUGAUAACAGGACCUGGGCUCGCACUCACGCACUUCUGUGAGGCGCAUGGCCCAAAGUCUGUCCUUUGUACACAAGUCCUUCCGUUAGAGUGCGCAGUAUGCCUGCCACCAUCACCACCACUGAGAGCAUCUUCCUCUACCGAUUCCUUCAACACCAAAGUCAACGACUCUUCCCUGGAGUCCUCACAGGACCUCCGCGUACCGCCAACUUUACGAAAAACCGACACAAACUCCACGUUGCCGACCGACUUCUCAGGCGCAUCUACCAAUGUCGAUUCCGAGCCCGAAAGCCCGAUCAUUGAGAAACACCCGCUAUUCCAGCCGGUAGACCAGAAACAGACCUGUGCCCCACAAUGGCGCUAUGGUCGUAAUCAAGGCGAGACAUGCGCCAGUUGCACUUUCUCUGUUCCCAGGGCUGUGGCAGAGCAGUUACCUGCAGGUGCGCCAGGCAGCAAGCGAGCGGAUGGCGCAGGUACCGCCAACACAGGCCCGCCCGUACUACGUUCGAGAGAGUUUGUCUGUCUGCGUGAGAAGAAGAGACGUAACAGCAGUGUUCAAGCCUCAUACGACUCCAAAUCUUCGUCCUACGGCUCGUCUGUUGUUUCCUCAACCCUUUCUCAGACAAGCUCGCGCCCACAGUCUCAUCAUUCAGACGACUGUCACGACCAUACAGUAACCUAUCUUACCGCGAAAUCUCCUGUUGAUCCAGAGAGCUAUGCGCAACUGCGCGCAUCCGUUAUUCGAACGCUGUCCUGUGAGCUCCUUCCCCGGGGCAUGUCAGAUGGUCCCUUCUGCUUCGGCGAUUCGAACACAGGCUAUACGAUCGCAUACGUCUUCCGGUUGACCGAUCCAAAAGCACGAGGCCGACGACGUGCAUACGCUUUCCUCGCCCUCGCAGGUAAAGACGCCAGUCGGGCCUUUCAAGCUUGUCCGAUGCUAUGGGAUUCAUUCAAGCGCAUGGCAAAAGGUAUCGAGACAGCCGCUCAAAAAAAUCAGGACAGACAACGCGAGAGAGAGGAAAAGGUGUCAGCGGAUGCAAACAGAGCUGGGGCUAGGCACUACACACCCGUAUCUUCAUUCCUGACGUCCCGAACCAUGGACCCGGCUGGCCACCCUCGACGAGCUGGACAGGCUACACCUCGAAGCCUCGCGGAGAUUGUCGGUGACGAGAACAUCUUUGCAUUCCUUCACCAAUACUUCGUGGCCAUUCUUCGCUGCCUGGGCGAUCAAUUUGGCGGAACGCCGCUGGUGGAGCAGCCAUCGGUGUUUCAGUCGACCAGCGAGGAAGCACCGCAGUUCAACAAAGCUGAUGUCGUUGGGGAACGGAAAAACCGAAAUGCUACAAAUAUCCCGAGUCCCGGCCCGGAGGAUAUUGAGAGCCUGCGAGGCGAAGAUGCGACGCCGACGCCCCAGCACUAUCAGAUGAGACCAACCAAGACUUGGCCAUUGCAGCAAAUGCAGCCUUCGAAGACCUCCACUCCGAAGGAGGACAGUAACGAGGAUCUUGACCUCGGAAAAGCAGAGCCGAGAAAGAACCUCGCAGAAAAAGACAAGAACAAGGCGAUCACAGGUACCACCUUGUCACUCAGGAAGUCGAACCCACAAUGCGCAGUGGCCCUUGCGGUCAAUGAGACGGCGCAGAGACAAGUCGUUGUAUGA